ACAAGAAUGGAGACCCAAACAGAAGGUGCUGUGCUUUCCCGAGCAGAGAGAAAAGCUCUGGAAAAGGAGAAAAUCAUUCAGAAAGAGACUCAGAGAGAGACCUUUAAUCUGGUUUCCAGAAUACUGAAGAAAUCUGAGUGUGAGCGGACAGAAGAGGAGAUUUCUCUGCUUCACUCUCACCAAGAAACUGUCCAAGAGCUAAACAAGCGAUGGGUCAGAAGAAACACCUUGAAGAGGAAGCAAGAAGAGCUGUUUGAUGAUGAGGACGAAUUGAGGACCAAAGUGAAACAGCUGGCUGAAGCCAUGCGUCAAGCUCAGCAUGCUGUCAUCUACACAGGAGCCGGUAUCAGCACGGCCGCAUCCAUCCCAGAUUACCGUGGCCCAAACGGAGUAUGGACCCAGCUGCAGAAGGGACGGACUGUUAUGGCUUCUGACCUCAGUGAUGCAGACCCGACUCUGACGCACAUGUGCAUCCGGAUGUUACACAAAAUCAAAAUGGUUCAACAUGUGGUCUCCCAAAACUGUGACGGCCUCCACCUGCGCAGUGGCCUUCCCAGACCCGCCCUUUCUGAGCUACAUGGGAAUAUGUUCAUAGAGGUCUGUGUCUCAUGUUCUCCAGUACGGGAGAUCAUUCGACUGUUUGACGUGACCGAGCGCACAGCGCUGCACAGGCACGGAACAGGCAGGAGGUGUCCCCACUGCGGAGCAGAGCUGAAGGACACCAUCGUGCACUUUGGAGAGCGAGGCACCCUGGAACAACCCCUCAACUGGAAAGGUGCUGCCGAGGCUGCAGAGCAGGCUGACCUCAUCCUCUGCCUCGGCUCCAGUCUGAAGGUCCUGAAGAAGUAUGCAUGCUUGUGGUCUAUGAAGAAGCCAGCAGCUAAAAGACCAAAGCUGUACAUCGUCAACUUACAGUGGACACCAAAAGAUGACUUGGCCACUCUUAAAAUAAAUGGAAAAUGUGAUGAUGUGAUGCGUCUUCUGAUGGAAGAAUUGUGCACUGAAAUCCCAAAAUACAACAGAGCAGAGGACCCUAUCUUCCACUUAGCCACACCCCUUACGCCACAUGAAAAGGACAGUCACACUCGUAAAAUUCUAGCACCCCCUGCUGCCCUGGAGGACUCUGAGCCAAAUUCAAAUUCAGGGAAUGAAGCUGAAGACAAUGUAAUAAAGGGUGGGUGGUUUGGACGAGGCUGCAGCAAAUCAAGGAAGAAAAGGAAAGCAACGUAGACAACUGUAUUUAAAAAGAACUAUUCUACACAAAUAAUUACUGAAUGUGAUUCUUACCUUAUUAUCCUCAUUUCACACUCUUUCUCAGUGGUCAGGACCCCACGGGACCACCACAAAGCAGGCAGCUUGUUGUUUAGGUGGUGGGUUAUUCUCAAAACUGCAGUGACACUGACAUGGUGGUGGUUGAGUGAAACAGACACAGCAGUGCUGCUGGAGUUUUUUAACACCUCAGUGUCACUGCUGGACUAAAAUAGACCAUUAAUAAUGAUAGUAUGAUGUGUAAAGGGGUUAAGAAUCACAUUUGACUAUGAAUUCUAGGUGAAAUGUUCCUUUGAAGGAGUAAGUCUUGGGUUAAGGAUGGUGUGAGUGCUAAAUGUUUUCAGUAUUAGCUGUUUUUUUGCACCUUGAUUUAAUCCUCUCAGGGAUUCAACCCAAGCAAUACAUGGAAGAGGUUCAUGGCUGUACGGAAUUAACAUAUAGGUUUGUCUUUCAUCAGAAUGAGCUAAUAUUAGCCAAUUACAAGGUUUCAACAAAACUUGACGUUACAUUAUUAUUUCUACUACUCAGUGUUGGAGACGUUACUCCAUAAAUGAAGCUAAAUGAUCUCAGUAUUACAGAGAUUCCUGCACAACAUGGUGAAUUCCAGUGAAACAAUGUUUACAGCGCUAAACUGUGUCCCCAACUGUUUGUGGUUCUAAAAAUGCAAUACAGGAAAACAUCAUAGAAGGCAUUAACAGCCACCGCGGACAUAAUGUCUUCUGUUACAGACUUUUGCAUCUCAUCUGUUGAAGAGAUUUAUGAUUCUUAGAGAAAGGAGAACUACAUUUUAAAUUAAUUACACAAGUGUUCAUCUUAGCUCAGAUAACUAAGGUUAAUAUUUAAUUAUUCUUUAUGAUGAGGCAUAACCUACCUCCAACAGUGUUAUUCGUCAUAUUUAAAGGUAAUUUAAGAGUGCAGAUUUCUAUAAAUGCACAAUCGGAAUAAUGAAAACAGUUAAAACAGUGUAAGUAAAUCAUGGAGGAUGGUCUACAGGUUUACUCUAACCAGAGUCAGACCCUCUGUCCAGUCACAGUAGAUCACAAGUGCACAAUUUACUGCAGAAGAGAACUAUUUGUUUUGAGUUUUGUAUUAUUAAUCAUUUUAAUUUAUCAUGAAUGUUUAUAUGAAUAUUUUGUCUUGACUAUCUGUAAGUAAAACAACUAUAAUGUUUAAA